GGCACCUAAUUCAGCAGCGCUCGGGCUUUUGUUCCGUCUCUGCUCCGCCGGACGAGCCCUCCCCGCUGCCUCCGAUGGGCUCCGCAGCCUCCUGAAGUUGCUUUGCAGGAUUUCCCCCCACCCCAGCAACUCCCAGAAGAAUCGCUGGAGUCCCGCGGGUCGGAGUCGCUCCCGAGCCUCUCCUGCUCCGGGUGAUGCCCCAGUUCACCUUCGCCUGUUUCUGUGGCCUCCACGGCUUCUGCAAGAUGAAGAGGAAGAAGGAACAGGCCAGCGGGGGGCAGGAGACGGCCGUGUGAGGAUCAGCCCCCGCCCGGGACCCCUCCCGUCCCCUCGAAGCACCCGGACCUGCUGGAGCAGAUAAAUCCCGCUGAUGGCAGUGGGAAUGAGGCGUCUAUCCAAGGAAAAUUCCAAGGAUUUUCCGUCCUCUGCAGCGGUGAAGCCGAAGCUGGAGCCG